AUGACGCUGGAUAUCAUCUGCAGGAAAUGCAAGUUCUACAGCUCCAACGCUGCUCCUCUGGGGGUGACAUUCAUUUGUGAAGACUCUCUGGCUAAAACCACCAGUGUCAUUUGCAAGACGGGGGACGACCUGCGUCAGGACAUGCUGAUCCUUCAGAUAGUCCGUGUGAUGGACUGGGUUUGGCUCCAGGAGGGGCUGGACCUGCAGAUGAUUACGUUCCGGUGUGUUUCUACCGGCAAAGCUCAGGGUCUGGUGGAAGUUGUGCCAGACGCCGUGACGCUGGGAAAGAUUCACCAGCAGUGGGGUGUGAGUGGGACGCUUCGAGUCGACACGCUGGAGAAAUGGUUCCACAUGUUGAACAGAACUAAAGAAGGCUAUGAAAAGGCAGUGAUGAAUUUCAUCCAGUCAUGUGCGGGUUGGUGCGUAGCCACCUUCAUCCUGGGGAUCUGCGAUCGCCACAAUGACAACAUCAUGCUGAAGCACAGCGGACACAUGUUCCACAUUGACUUUGGCAAAAUCAUGGGAAACGCACAGAAGUUUGCAAAUAUACCAAGGGACAGAAAACCCUUCGUUUUCACGUCUGAGAUGCAGCAUUUCAUCACGGGCGGCGGAGAGAAGCCUCAGCGCCUGCAUCACUUUGUGGAGCUCUGCUGUGAAGCUUAUAACAUCAUCAGAAGCCGCUCUGCUCUCAUACUCAGCAUGUUGGAGCUGCUGCUUUCUGCAGAACUCCCAGAACUGAAGGACUUCGGUGACUUGCAGUUCGUCCUGAACAACCUCAGACCUAAUGACACAGACCUAGAAGCCACUUCCUUCUUUACCGAAAAAAUCAAGGAGAGUAUGAACUGUGUGGCUGUCAAGUUUAACUUCUUCACCCACACCAUGGUUCAGCCAAAUAAACGAGACACGAUACGCCGGCACAGCCUUCCUGGAACCAACACCAACAUCCAGAAAGUCGUCAUCCAGGACUUUUCUGUCAAGGGACGAGUUGUGACUUUCAACCUGAGAAUAACAAUUGAUGAUGGAGUUUUGACGAGUCAGAAGACAUUCAAGGAGUUUGAACUGAUCCACCAGAAGCUCCAGACAUACUUCAUUGAAUCUAAGCUGCCGCAGUUUCCGAGCAGGUAUCAAAUGUCAUUUACCCCACAGAAGAGGAAGGCUCUGCUGAAUACUUACUUAAAGCAGCUCUUUGACGGGCCGUGCAAGGGAGAUGAAUAUGUGUGCAGCUUGUUUCUAGACGGUCCCAAUGCCAUAACAAAUGUGGGAACAGGAGACGAUCCUCAGAUCCAGCUGCGUAUAUCGUACUCAAACUGCAAGCUCUCUGUACUGGUGAAACACCUGCAGAACAUCAAGUUGCCAAAUGGUUCAAACCCUGAUGCCUACGUGGUCACGCGGCUGAGACCAGACCCUGCGCAGACCUCCAAGAGGAAGACAAAGGUGGUCAGCAACAACGACCACCCGACUUUCAAUGAGCUGCUUGAGUACAAUUUUAUCCCGGUGCUGGAUGGGAUUACGCUGAAGGUGACGGUGAAGAGCAGAAAGACCAGGACGACAUUUGUAGGUGCAACCAGUAUUAAACUGGAAGAAGAACUGCUGGACAGGGAGAUGUGGUUUCCCCUGGGGAACUGUGUGAUCUGACCCUGAGGACUGCACUGUGAGCCUGCCGCCAGCAGGGGGGGCCAGCACACUUACUGUAUUAUAUGCUUUAUUUUAAUGUUAUUUUUUAGUCAAGGCAGGGAAAUACUGGACACUAUCCACUAAGAAAUCUUAUAAAUUAUAUUUAUCUACAAAAGCUAUGUUAACCUACCUCCAGAAUUUAAAGCACUGACUGGCUGGGAGUUUUGGCUAAAGUUUUGUUAAAAAUGCAUGUUUAUGGUUAAAUAAACCAAAUCAGUUUU